AGUUCAUAUCCAAAAAUGAGCCCACUAAUUUGUUUAUCAUCGUAUUAUUCCCCUCGUAUUUCUUUUCUAUUUUAUGCUAUUUUUGUAACUUUGACUACCGCUUCUGCUGGCGGAAAUGCGAGUGAUCAUGCGGCGUUGUUGUCAUUUAAGGAGAUGAUUAUUCAUGAUCCAUAUGGAGCUUUAAGCACAUGGAACAAUUCCAUACAUUUCUGUAAUUGGCAUGGUGUUUCUUGUGGAAAGCGACAUAGAAGAGUGAUUGUCCUAAGACUCGAUUCGACAGCCCUAGAAGGCUCUUUAUCCCCCCAUAUAGGGAACCUAAGCUUCCUUCGUCAUCUUAAUCUCGGGAAUAACAGCUUUCAAGGAAGCAUUCCUCACGAACUUGGUCGUAUAUCUAGGCUACGUGUCCUCGAUCUUGAAGAAAACAAAUUCAGCGGAUCCAUUCCAACUAACUUGUCUGGUUGUUUUAACCUUGAAGCGCUUGGACUUGCUAAAAAUAUGCUAGUUGGAAACAUACCCAAUGAGAUCAGUUUCCUCUCGAAACUUACAAUAGUUACAAUUCAUAAAAAUAAGCUAACAGGUGGGAUCCCACCUUCCUUAGGGAAUAUUACUUCAAUGGAAGCGUUCUCUGCUUACGGAAAUCCAUUUGGUGGCACUAUUCCAGAGACAUUAGGUAAUUGGAAAAACUUGACGCAAAUUGGCUUUGCUGAAUGCAACUUACAUGGAACCAUCCCUUAUUUUCUUUACAAUCUUUCACUUCUAACUGCUCUAUCCUUCCCUACUAAUAACCUUACCGGUAGUCUUCCUCCUACCAUAGAUCUCCCUAAUCUCGAGUGGCUUGAGUUAAAUAAUAACAAAUUAAGUGGACUUCUUCCACCGUCUUUAUCUAACUGUUCGAAAUUAAACAUACUUGAAAUAAGUUACAACAGUUUCAUAGGGAAGUUGACCAUCGACUUUGCAAAACUAAGAGAUCUUCGUUUCCUGUUCUUAAUUGGUAACGACUUUGGACGAGGAGGAGAUGUGAAGUUCUUAAUUGAUUCUUUGAAAAACUGCAGCAGCUUAAUAAGAUUGGGGCUUACAGAGUGCAACUUUCAAGGAAUGGUUCCACAAUCAAUAGGUAAUCUGUCUCAACAACUUGUUAGGUUACGCUUGGGAGGAAACCGAUUUUAUGGAGCUAUCCCUUCAAGUAUUGGUAAUCUAGUUGGCUUAAAAUAUUUAUCUUUAGAUGCCAACCAAUUCUCCGGAAGCAUCCCCUCUACCAUUGGUAUGCUUCAAAACCUAGGAUUUGUUGCUUUAGAUGAAAACCAUUUUUCUGGUCCAAUUCCAGAAGUCAUUGGGAACUUAUCUUCAUUGAUUACGCUUCGUUUAGGUUCCAAUAGACUCGAAGGUCACAUUCCAACAAGCUUAGGAAAUUGUCAAAAGCUGUCGGAGUUGCACCUUCAUGACAACAAACUCAGUGGCACAAUACCUAAACAGCUUUUCCAACUUCCCUCUCUAUCGAUAACAUUUAACCUUUCUAAUAACAACCUAUCUGGUUCACUUCCAAAUGAGAUCGGAGACCUCAAGAUGCUGACCGCACUAGAUAUAUCUUAUAAUAAUAUAUCGGGUGAUAUUCCAGUUGGGCUUGCUGGUUGCACAAGUCUUACAUUCUUAUCCCUCAAAGGGAACUUACUUCAAGGCAUGAUAUCAUCCUCGUUACGUUCGUUGAGAGGAUUGGAGGUACUUGAUAUUUCUCAUAAUAAUCUAUCAGGCCGAAUUCCCCAAUUCUUAGAAAGUCUUCCAUUAAAAUUUAUGAAUUUAUCUUUUAAUGAUUUUGAGGGUGAUGUGCCAGUUGUAGGAGUGUUUUCCAAUGCAAGUGCUUUCUCUAUUUUGGGAAAUAGUAGGCUUUGUGGGGGUUUGGUUGAACUUCGGUUACCCAGAUGCAAAAAGACAAAGAAACAAGAACGAAGGUUCUAUUGGAUCAUAAUAGUCAUUGUAGUUACAUUACUGCUUUUUGGAGUAGUUUGUUUAGUGUAUGCUUGCCGUAAGAAGAAAAAGAACAGAGAAUUUCCUCAAACAUCAAAGAAUGAAGGCUUCUUAAAAGUGUGGGUACCGAAAUGGUACGGGAGAACAGGGGGCUACUUCCACGCUAACUUUUUUACCAUGAAAGUUACAUAUAAUCAACUUCAUAAAGCUACCAAUGGCUUCUCUGAAGCCAAUUUAAUUGGCAAGGGUGGGUUUAGCUCCGUUUAUAAAGGAAUCCUUGAACAUGAUGACAAAUUUAUUGCGGUCAAAGUUCUACAUCUACUGAUUCGAGGAGCACACAAAAGCUUUAUAGCAGAAUGUGAAGCAUGGCGAAAUAUUCGACACCGAAAUCUCUUAAAGAUAAUAACUUUGUGUUCAAGUGUUGAUUUUCAAGGCAAUGAUUUUAAGGCUUUGGUUUACGAGUUCAUGCCCAAUGGGAGUUUAAAUGAUUGGUUGCAUUCAAGUGCAAGUAAAUCUAAACUUAGCCUUAUUCAAAGAGUAAAUAUUCUCAUCGAUAUCGCAUCUGCACUUGAUUAUCUUCAUAACGAAUGCUUAACAAGAAUUGCUCAUGGAGACCUGAAGCCAAGCAAUAUUCUACUUGAUAAUGAUAUGGUUGCCCAUAUUGGAGACUUCGGUUUGGCAAGAUUUCUUGGAACAAGUUCAAACAAACAUAGCUCAACAGGUGUUAAAGGAACAAUUGGAUAUGCACCUCCCGAGUAUGGUCUGGGGAAUGAGAUCACUAGCAGUGGAGAUGUCUAUAGUUUUGGGAUAUUAUUAUUGGAGGUCAUGACUGGGAAAAAGCCGACAGAUGACAUCUUUGAUGAAGGGCUGAGCCUUCAUAAAUUUGUUUCUGCAACCUUUCCGGAUCAUGUAAUUGAUGUUAUUGAUGAGAGCGCAAUUGUUAUGCAAAACACUAAAGCAAAUGCACAGAAAGUGGAUGAGUGUUUGGCUUCAAUAUUCAAGACUGGAGAACUGGAUGAGUGUUUAGCUUCAAUUUUGAAGAUCGGAGUAUCAUGCUCUGUAGAAACCCCGUCAUGCCGGAUGAAUAUCAAGAUUGUUGUCGAGGAGUUGAUGCGUAUACUAGAUAUAUUAUUGAAAGCUUUUCAGGUACAUCACCAACCUUCAGUGGCAAAUUAAAGAUGGAAAAUUAAAGGUUGCAAGGAGUGGGAUAUGCAAUAGGUAAAUAGUUAUUACUUUUUCCAUGUCUGUAUGAAAUACUAUGAAUGUGAUUUAAUUAAUUACCUCGUUACGUAA